AUAAGGUCGGCCGCUGAUAACUUCGAACCGCUGGACACGUGGCACUCUCUUAACGGUGAUUCGCCCUUGCGGGACCCAAUCGUGAUUAGCAAGACAGGGACGACCGUACUUAUCUCUGUGACCUCUGGCGCUAUAUAACAGCCGCAUCAUCCACCAACUUGAAAAAAGAAAGAAAAAGAAUAGUCCGAGUUUCAGCGCUUUCUCUCUCUCUCUCUCUGUCUCUCUCUCUCUCUCUCUCUCUCUCUCUCUCUCUCUCUCUCUCUCUCUCCCUCUCGCUCAAGAAAUUGUCGCCGGAAAUGGGUGUGCCGGAAUCUGACCCACUUUCCCAGCUCUCUUUGCCGCCGGGAUUUCGGUUUUAUCCGACGGACGAGGAGCUUCUCGUUCAGUACUUAUGCCGAAAAGUCGCCGGACACCAUUUCUCUCUGCAAAUUAUUGCGGAAAUUGAUUUAUACAAAUAUGACCCGUGGCUUUUACCCAGUAAAGCAAUAUUUGGAGAGAAGGAAUGGUACUUUUUCAGUCCCAGGGAUAGGAAAUAUCCAAAUGGGUCUCGCCCAAACAGAGUUGCGGGGUCGGGUUAUUGGAAGGCCACCGGAACCGAUAAGCUUAUAACCACAGAGGGGCGAAAAGUUGGAAUCAAGAAAGCUCUGGUUUUUUAUGUGGGAAAAGCGCCUAAAGGGACCAAGACGAACUGGAUUAUGCACGAAUAUCGCCUCAUAGAACCUUCAAGGAAGAACGGAAGCUCCAAGUUGGAUGAAUGGGUUUUGUGCCGUAUAUACAAGAAAAACUCCAGCGCUCAAAAGAUGUCUAUGUCGAGUGUUUCGAGCAAAGAGCACAGCCACGGGUCGUCGUCAUCCUCGUCGUCGCACCUCGACGACAUGCUCGAUUCGCUGCCGGAGAUCGACCACCGGUCAUUUGCUCUGCCCAGAAUGAGCUCUCUCAAAUCGUCACAUCAGGACGAGAAGAUGAACUUUCAGAAUUUGACCUCUGGGAAUUUCGACUGGGCGAGUCUAGCCGCCAUGACAUCGUUUACGGAACUCGUUCCGACGGCUCAAACUCAGAUCCAAAGCCAGGCCCAACCCCAGGGAAUCGCCCCAGCUCAGGGGAUGGCGAACAAUGACGUGUACAUCCAAUCGGCGCCACAAGUCCACGGCCACGUGGAGGAGGAGGUACAGAGCGGGCUCAGGGCUCAGCGGGUGGAGAACCCGGUGUUCUUUCAGCAGAACUUGAACCCGGCCUUCACUCAGGCCUUUCCCAGUUCAGACGACCCGUUCGGGUUUAGGUACUCGGGGCAGCCUGGCGGGUUCGGGUUCCGGCAGUAGAAAGAACAGCCCGGGGCCGUACGGGUGGCAAUUGCUGUAAAUACGUGGAAUUCUUUGGGCGGUUUUGGCUGGGUCGGCGGGUCAAAAAAGAGAAGUUGGAAUCUGUAUGGGCGGCUUGAACUUGGGAGUUCCAGGAAAAAGGAAAAAUUCAAUUCCCUGUUUUGUUCUUGCAGAAGUAGGAGCACACAUUCAAUGUGCGCAGAACAAAUUUUACGUUGUACAAUUUUUACAAUUUAAAGAAAGCAUGCGUGGGUGGAAUUCUCAGAACCCUGACCUUUCCAAAUUCAUUAGCAUAUGCCGAUUUUAUGUAAAUGAGGUGUCUUGAGUUUUUUAAUAAAGAUAAAUUGAAUACCUUUUAGGGUAA